CACCCAGCCGCACACACCCGCGCGGUCCCUGCCCAAAAAAAGCACAGCCUCCAGAGCUCCGGCUCACUCCUUCGCAGCUCCUGGGGAAGAAGCUCUGGAGCCGGGCGCACCGAAGGCGACCUCUCCGCCUCCCACCAGUAUCCCUGCAGAGGGACUCACCCGAGGCGGGGCCGCGUGGGGCUCCAAAGAGAACAAUGAUAAAAGAAGUUAAUUUCCCUGGAUGGAUAUCUAGGAAUGAGAACUGAAAGUGAGAGCUCUAUGCAUGGAUAUGAAAGAUAUGUUUCAGGGCAAUGCAAACAGUUAAAUGCCCUUGAAUGGAUGUUAGUUGAAUGGGACCAGCAUUUCAUCUGAUUACAUUUCUGAAAUUAAGGAUUUGGAAAAGGCUUUUGUAAAGAUGACCCAUUUACAUGCUGGACUCAGUCCAGAGACUAUCGAGAAAGCCCGUCUGGAGCUCAAUGAAAACCCAGAUGUUUUGCACCAGGAUAUCCAACAAGUCAGAGACAUGAUCAUCACUAGGCCUGACAUUGGAUUUUUACGUACAGAUGAUGCCUUCAUCUUGAGAUUUCUCCGAGCCAGAAAGUUUCACCAAACAGAUGCCUUCAGGUUACUGGCUCAAUACUUCCACUACCGUCAGUUGAAUCUGGAUAUGUUCAAAAAUUUCAAGGCUGAUGAUCCAGGGAUAAAGCGUGCCCUGAUUGAUGGAUUCCCGGGGGUGCUGGAAAACCGCGACCACUGUGGCAGGAAGAUUCUUCUGCUCUUUGCAGCCAACUGGGAUCAGAGUAGGAAUUCUUUCGUAGAUAUUUUACGAGCCAUUCUGCUGUCCUUAGAAGUUCUCAUUGAAGAUCAAGAACUUCAGAUAAAUGGCUUCAUUCUAAUUAUAGACUGGAGUAAUUUCUCCUUCAAGCAAGCCUCCAAACUGACACCUUCUAUCCUCCGACUGGCCAUUGAAGGGUUACAGGACAGCUUUCCUGCUCGCUUCGGGGGAGUCCAUUUUGUGAAUCAGCCUUGGUACAUCCAUGCCCUGUACACGCUCAUCAAGCCAUUCCUCAAAGACAAGACAAGGAAAAGGAUCUUUCUUCACGGUAACAAUUUGAACAGUCUUCACCAGCUUAUACACCCUGACUGCCUGCCCUCAGAGUUUGGAGGGACCCUUCCUCCUUACGACAUGGGCACAUGGGCUCGGACGUUACUUGGUCCAGACUACAGUGACGAGAAUGACUACACUCACACGUCCUACAAUACCAUGCACGUGACGCACUCAUCUUCCACCGUGGAGAGAGAAUGCUCACCCAAACUCAUGAAAAGGUCUCAGUCUGUGGUGGAACCUGGAACGUUGAAACAUGAAGAACAGCAUGAGAAUGAGAACACCCAGCCACUGCUGGCUCUAGACUGAGUCUGAAUUCAUCGUGAAACACAAAUGCAUCAUCAGACUUUCAUGGUGCAAAAAACCCAUGAAGCAAAAGACAGGUUUAAUACACGUCAACACACAUUCAGCUUGAAAGCCAAGCUCUCCAUCUUUGCAGAGCGAGUACAGAUCAUCACCAGCCAUAUGUCGAUGUGGCCAAAGCCAAAGAGGAGAUUCCUCAUGGCCCAGAGUUUUAAGCUAAUAAGUUUGAUUGUAAAAUAUAAUUUUACCCUUCCCCCUUUCUUUCAUGACAUAAGAGUAUUAAAAAUGGUUGACAUUUAGGGGGGCUACUUUUUGUGAUCACAUACUCAAGAUGCAUCAGUUGAGGUUUUCCAGUAUUCCUUAAGCAGGGUUUUUAAAAUAUCAGAGUGUAGGAAAGAAAGGAAAAUGAAGUGGAAGGCAUCUUGAAUGUAUUAUUGAAAUAACUCGCUUUGCAGUGCAUCGAUAGUGGUCAAGGGCCAUGGGCAAUCAGUUGCAACGUAUCUGGAGUGUACCAAGUUUGGGAAGACUUCAUUGCAUCUUAAUACAGUUUGCUUCAUUUUUCUCUACUUCCCAGCUUUCCCCUUUUCCAUAAAUAAAUAAAUAAUGCUAAGCAAUCACCAGCAGAAAUUUGUUCAGCUCUGCAGUAUGUGAUCUUAUCACCUUAGCUCUUUCCUGGGAUCACUUAUUUCAGUCCAGGGCAGGAGGAAUGAGACCAUUCUUAACUUUUGGAAGCCCUUGUAGCGAGUCUGCUCAAUGUGAUGAGCAGACUGGGAUGCAGACACAGGCAAUUUGGAAAGCAAUUGUUUAAGUUUAACAAUAUGGAUUGUCCUCUACUCCAUCCACCCUACAGGCAACUGCACUGGGUAGAAUAGAUGUGGUAGUGGCAGUAAAAGCAAAAAGGAGGUAUCAGAGCUUAAUGGAAAUACUAUUGGUGAUUAAUGUUCCACUUCAGGUUCUUUCAUUUAGGUCACUUCAACAAAUGAAAGCUCAGCAGAGCUGUUUAACCACCUUCUCUCCUGCAAUCAGCUAAAGGUAUAGCCAGAGGGCUUGGCUGACUGCAGAUACAGGCCAUGCUUAUAAUGAAAAGGGAAAACUUGCAAUGAAUUAUUCAAUAUGCCUCCAUUAGAAGGAACUGUGGGAAAAGAAAAGGAAAAAAAAACCGUAGAACUGAAAUGCCAAAGAUCAGUUUGCCAUUCCUUUGCUCUAUUUGCAGAAACAACAACACCCAUGCCUACGCUGAAAUGAACACAGGUAAAAAUAAUAAUAAAAGAAGAUUCCACUGUAACCAAAUGCUUCUUGCUGUGGCUUUAUUUUCUCAAAUAGCUGGAAACAUGUUAGUUGCAUUCUCAACUAGCUGGGAAUGUGUAGUCACAUUUUACAGCUGUAAGUAACAUCUAUUGACCAAACCUUAAUCAAACGUACAUUUAAGCCAUAAGCAGAAAGCAGUUAAUUUUCUUAAGGAUGGCUAUGUGACUUGUAGGUCAUGCUCAGAAGCAAAAUCAUUCAUUUUGCCAUACCCAUUUGUAAUGAAUCAAACCAUGAUGUGUUAAUUUCAUCUUUUCUUUGUAGGAGUAACUUUCAGGAACUGUUUAAAUCUAAUGUUUAGAGCUAAGGAUGUUGCUUGUAUAGAGCUGCUGCAGAGAUAAUUUAGCUAUAGUUUCUAUUGUCCCUGAUGGCCAAAUAAAUAUUGAACUUAGUCUCUCAUGUAUAAAUGAAGUUCUAUAAAACCAGUAACUCUUAAGCCAAGCCUUUGUCUUUUCUCGGUAAAACACAGGAUCUCCAGUUGUAUUACUUAUUCUGCAUUAUUGCUUAUGCUGCUUUAUUUGCUAACCCUUUGUCAUAGGGGUUAUAAAUUAAAGCUGAUGGUAAUUCAUAACAGAAAAGAAACAGAGUUUUUACCAAUGUAUCUGUCAUAGGAAAAAGUGUGUUGGCUUAAACUCUUACUUCUACUACCAUGGACUUUAUACCCUCUUGAAAUGAUGACCAAAUGCAUUGUAAAUCUUGAGAAAGGUUGCAAAGAAUAUUAAAAUCUUAGCUAAA